ACUGCUGAGCUGUGAUUGGACAGUACCUCGCACAGGCCCCGCCCCUCUGCUGUGCUGUUUGCCCGUGCCUCCUUCUCCAUCUCUCCCCUCUCAGGACAAGAGCUUCCUACAUCUGUCUGCUGCCUUCUGUCCGCACGUCGCUACUACCUGUCAUCAUGACUCAUGCGUAUCCCUUCCUGAGUACUGAGCAGAAGAAGGAGCUCAGUGGCAUCGCUCAGAGGAUCGUAGCUGCUGGAAAAGGCAUCCUGGCGGCUGAUGAGUCUACAGGCAGCAUGGCCAAGCGCUUCCAGAGCAUCAACGCAGAGAACACGGAGGAGAACAGGAGGCUUUACCGCCAGCUUCUCUUCACUGCCGACGAACGGGUCAACCCCUGCAUCGGUGGCGUCAUCUUCUUCCACGAGACACUCUACCAAAAGACGGACGACGGCAAGCCCUUCCCCCAGCUGGUCAAAGAGAAGGGCAUGGUGGUGGGCAUCAAGGUGGACAAGGGUGUGGUUCCCCUCGCCGGCACCAACGGAGAGACCACCACUCAAGGUCUGGACGGGCUGUAUGAGCGCUGUGCUCAAUACAAGAAGGACGGUGCUGACUUUGCCAAGUGGCGAUGUGUGUUAAAGAUCACCCCCACCACCCCGUCUGAGCUGGCAAUCAAGGAAAACGCCAAUGUGCUGGCCCGCUACGCCAGCAUCUGCCAGAUGCAUGGCAUUGUGCCCAUCGUAGAGCCUGAAAUUCUCCCAGACGGUGACCACGACCUGCAGCGCUGCCAGUAUGUGACUGAGAAGGUGUUGGCAGCUGUCUACAAGGCUCUGUCUGAUCACCACAUCUAUCUGGAGGGCACGCUGCUCAAACCCAACAUGGUGACCGCCGGACACUCCUGCCCUAAAAAGUACAGCUCUCAGGAGAUUGCCAUGGCAACUGUCACCGCCCUGCGCCGCACUGUUCCCCCUGCUGUGCCAGGUGUGACCUUCCUGUCGGGUGGUCAGAGUGAGGAGGAGGCCUCCAUCAACCUGAAUGCCAUCAACCAGUGUCCCCUGCACCGUCCCUGGGCCCUCACCUUCUCCUACGGCCGGGCCCUGCAGGCAUCAGCACUGAAGGCCUGGGGAGGCAAGAAGGAGAACGGCAAGGCCUGCCAGGAGGCUUACGUCAAGAGAGCCCUGAAUAACAGCCAGGCAGCUCUGGGGAAGUAUGUGUCCUCUGGAGACAGGAGCACAGCAGCUCAGGAGUCUCUGUUUGUUGCCGACCACGCCUACUGAUGUCAGCUGCUUCUCCUCAAAGCACUUCACCCCCAUUCCACCCAGUCACUGCCCUUUUUGCUGCCACAUUCAGCUGGAGCAGGCUGUACUAUCCUCAGUCACACAGACUCCCAACCAACCAUUCAACGUUAAUCUUUUAUUGAUGGGAGCCUAAUGACUUUCUGAAAAAAAUAAAUAAAUAAAUAAAAAAAAUACUACAAUACCCAUAGGCCUAUUAAGAAAACUCCACCUCGAGCUUGCCUUUAAGUGUGAAUUUGUUACUGCACUGCCUGGCUCAGUAUGUUUAGAGUGGAUACACUGGAAAAAGGUUCCAAUUAAAAUAUUCCAUAAUGA